AAUCUCUCUCUCUCUCUCUGCUCUCUCUCACACACACGCACGACUCAUAUAUAUAUAUAUAUAUAUAGUUGGUAAUAUUCUAUUCUAUAUUUCAGAGCAUUUAAUUCUUUCUCUUGUUCCUGAUGAACUGUCCGUCUGACCAACUUUGACCUUCUUCGUGCAUCUUCUUCUUCCCUCUGCUCUGCGAUUGCAUGCCUUGAGAAGCUCACAGUGUGUGUGUGUGUCUCUCUCUCUCCAUCUCUCAAUGGCACCGUUGUUCGGUGGAUAUUAAUGAAUUGCAGGGAAGCGGGCAGGCAGAGGAUUUAAUAGCAGCACACAGUUGUGUGUGUGAUUGUUACAAACAUAUAUAGCUGAUGAGCCGCAGAGGACGAGUUGCCAACCGAGGACGACGAGGAGGCCGGGCGGCAACAAAGAGGAAAACAGGCAUCACAGCAGGAUUAAUGGCCGUGUCAGGGACUCUCCGAGUUUCGCCUUUUCUGCUACUACUCCCGCUACUAAUCUUAACGGUGAUGAGUUCUUUCUCAUCUUCAUCAUGCAAAGCCCAACAAGUUGAUGCUGAUGUUACCACAACAACGCUGAGUAUUCUUCUGGAAGUGAAACAAUCCCUCACUGCAACAGCAGGGGGAGACGUAGGAGAAGGAGCAGCAGCACUGCUCGAUUGGUCCCUGAACAACCCAAACUUCUGCACUUGGAAUGGCAUUUCCUGUCAGCCAAUGAACUCCUCCUCCUCCUCCUCGUCAUCAUCAUCGCCACUGGCUGUCGUGGUGGGCCUCAACCUUUCCGACUCAUCCCUCACCGGUACAAUAUCUCCCUCCCUUGGCCGCUUGGGGAACCUGCUCCACCUUGACCUGUCCUCCAACAGCCUCACUGGCCCCAUCCCACCUAACCUCUCUAACCUUUCCUCUUUGGAAUCUCUGCUCCUUUUCUCUAACCAACUAACUGGUCCCAUCCCUCCUCAACUCGGCUCCCUCUCCGCCCUCCGCAUCCUCCGCAUCGGUGACAAUGGCCUCACUGGUCCCAUCCCUCCCUCCCUCGCCAAUCUCUCCAAACUCGCGACUCUCGGCCUCGCCUCCUGCAGCCUCUCUGGCCCGAUACCCCCAGAGCUCGGUCGGCUCUCUCGGCUCGAGAACUUGAUCCUGCAGCAGAAUCAACUCCAGGGUCCCAUCCCAUCCCAGCUGGGCAACUGCUCCAGCCUCACCAUGUUCACUGUUGCGCUCAACGGCCUCAACGGAUCGAUCCCGUCAGAGUUGGGUCUUCUCAAGAAUCUUCAGCUUCUCAACCUUGCCAACAACAGCCUGUCGGGCCAUAUUCCUAGCCAGCUGGGCGGGCUGACUGAACUCGUCUACUUGAACCUUAUGGGGAAUCUUCUCCAGGGCCCUAUCCCCAGUUCCCUGUCCUACUUGUCCAACCUUCAGAACCUGGACCUGUCAAUGAAUGCACUCACCGGCGGCAUCCCCGAGGAGCUUGGCAACAUGGGUCAGCUGGUCUACCUGGUGCUCUCAAACAACAAUAUCUCCGGUGUCAUUCCUUCCACUCUAUUUUUGAACACCACGAAUCUCGAGCACCUUAUGCUUGCACAGAUGCAAAUCUCCGGAAAGAUCCCGGCUGAACUGAGGAACUGCCGUGCUCUGAAGCAGCUAGAUUUGUCAAACAACACACUCAGUGGUCCAAUCCCGGACGAAGUGUACGAGCUGGCCAAUUUGACGGACCUUUUCCUACACAACAACACCUUGGUGGGUCCAAUUUCUCCAUCCAUUGGAAACCUCAGCAACCUCCAGGCGCUCGCCUUGUAUCACAAUGGCUUAGUUGGCAAUCUGCCUCGUGAGAUUGGCAUGCUGAAUCAGCUUGAAAUUCUAUAUCUCUAUGAGAAUCACUUAAGCGGGGAGAUCCCAGCGGAGAUCGGCAAUUGCACAAGCUUGCAGAUGGUAGAUCUUUUCGGGAAUCAUUUCUUUGGGAAGAUACCCGUCACCAUGGGAAGCCUAAAGCAGUUGAAUCUUCUGCAUCUGAGGCAGAACGAGCUUGUCGGCGAAAUUCCCGCCAGUUUAGGUGACUGCCGUCAACUGACCAUCCUCGACUUGGCAGACAACGGUCUCUCUGGUGGAAUAGCUGCAUCCUUGGGGAAUCUUCAGGCAUUGGAGCAGCUCAUGCUUUACAACAAUUCCCUUGGAGGUAAGCUUCCUGAUACGCUGGCCAACUUGAGGAACCUGACCCGGGUGAAUCUCUCCAAGAACAAACUAAACGGUAGCGUAGCUGCUCUUUGUAGCUCCCACUCCUUUCUGUCUUUCGAUGUCACGGACAAUGAGUUCGACGGUGAAAUUCCUUCCCAGCUAGGAAAUUCACCGGCCCUUGAAAGGCUGAGGCUCGGGAACAACCACUUCACUGGGGGAAUCCCGUGGACCUUGGGGAAAAUCCGUAAGCUGUCACUCCUCGAUCUAUCUGGCAAUUCCCUCACAGGAACUCUUCCAGCUGUGCUUUCACUAUGCAAGGAUUUGACCCACAUUGAUCUCAACAACAACCUUUUCUCUGGACCAAUCCCGUCGUGGGUUGGGAGUUUGCCGCAGCUGGGUGAACUCAAGCUCUCCAACAACCGAUUCAACGGAUCUCUCCCACAGCAGAUAUUCAGCUGUUCAAAACUCCUAGUGCUUUCUCUUGAUGGAAAUUUUCUCAAUGGGAUGGUUCCAUCCAGAAUCAGCGAACUGGCCGCCCUUAAUGUCCUCAACCUCAACAAGAACCAGUUCUCUGGGCCCAUUCCUGCAGAGAUUGGGAAGCUAAGCAAGCUCUAUGAGCUUCAGCUUGCAGAGAAUUUCUUCACGGGUGAACUGCCCUUUGAACUCGGGCAGCUUCAGAAUUUGCAGAGCAUUCUGGAUUUGAGCCACAACAACCUCACAGGUCAAAUACCACCGUCAAUAGCCUCUCUUUCGAAACUCGAGGCGCUUGACCUAUCACAUAAUCAGCUUUCUGGGGAAGUCCCUUCUGAAAUUGGCGAGAUGAGCAGCUUGGGUAAGCUUGACCUCUCCCACAACAAGCUCCAAGGCAAACUGGGAAAGCAAUUCUUGCGAUGGCCAGCAGAUGCUUUUCAGGGAAACGGGCAACUCUGUGGAAGCCCUCUUCUCAACCGCUGCAACAUGCACAAGCAGCGGUCAGGAGGACUGAGUGAAUCUUCAGUGAUCAUAGUCACGGCAAUCUCCACACUUGCUGCCAUUGCCCUUCUGGCUCUGGGAGUUGCUCUCGUUUUGAAGCACCGCCGAAGACUUGCUGCUUUCGACAGAUCAUCCAAGGAAGUAAAGAAGUUCUCUUAUUCCAGCAGCUCUUCCCAAGCACAGCGGAGAUUGCUCUUCCAACAUGGCGCAGCAAAUCGGGACUUCAAGUGGGAAGAUAUCAUGGAGGCCACAAAAAAUCUGAGCGACGAGUUCCUCAUCGGCUCAGGGGGGUCAGGGAAAGUGUACAGAGCAGAGCUGACCACGGGAGAAACAUUGGCUGUUAAGAGCAUAAUGUGGAAGGAUGCAGUGCUGAGCAAGAGCUUCACGAGGGAGGUCAGGACUCUGGGGAGGAUACGGCACAGGCAUCUGGUGAAGCUGGUGGGCUACUGCAGCAACCGAGCAACUGGUUCAAGCCUGCUGAUAUACGAGUACAUGCAGAAUGGCAGUGUGUGGGACUGGCUGCACCAGCCCGGAAUGACCGGGAAGGGGAAGCAGGGUCUCGAUUGGGACACGAGGCUGAGGAUAGCAGUGGGGCUAGCUCAAGGCGUGGAGUACCUGCACCACGACUGUGCACCCACCAUCAUUCACAGGGACAUCAAGUCAAGCAACCUGUUGCUCGAUUCCAACAUGGAGGCACACUUGGGUGAUUUUGGGCUCGCAAAAGCUCUGACUGAGAAUUACGACUCUUUGGAUACCGAGUCAAAUACAUGGUUUGCAGGAUCCUACGGUUACAUUGCACCAGAGUACGCAUACUCUAUGAAGGCAACGGAGAAGAGUGAUAUUUACAGUAUGGGGAUAGUACUGAUGGAGCUAGUGAGCGGGAAAAUGCCGACAGAUGCAGCCUUUGGGGUAGAGAUGGACAUGGUGAGAUGGGUGGAGAACCAUAUGCAAGGCGAUGGUGGCAGUGGGAGAGAGGAGUUGAUCGACCCAAUACUGCAGCCGCUGUUACCUGGUGAAGAAAGCGCAGCAUUUCAAGUCCUUGAAAUUGCCCUGCAGUGCACAAGAACCGCACCCCAAGAGAGGCCUUCAUCCCGACAAGCAUGCGAUCUCCUCUACCACAUAUUCAACAACAGGACGAUGACAGGGCUCAAGAAGACCAAGCACUGACUAGAAUCUGUUCCUUGCUCCCUGGGGUUCUCUUCUUUGAGGACUCGACCACCCAACAAAUUCUCAUUGCUCUGGCUGGUUAAGAAAUUCAUCACGUAAUCAUACGGUAGUGGGUGCGUAGCAUCCUGUAAAUGCCAAUCUGUCUGUAACCGAGUCCCCGUGUCCAAGUCAAAGAAAGAUCAACAGACCUUAGAUCGUGCGGAUUUUUAUUUUUGUUUUUUUCUCAUGCAAUUGACACCUAAAUAUUCAUUACAACAUGGCCUCUUCCUGGUCAAAAUUUCUUUUAA